CAAAAAAUUAAUUUUCAUAUUAAAAAAAAAAAAAAAAAAAAUAGUAUAUUUACCAAAUAAUUUCUUUAACAAUAUAUUUUAUUUUUAUUCAAUAUAUAUUAUAAUUAAUCUAUUCCUAACAUUAUUUUCAAUUUUAAUAGAAUAAAAUAAAAAAAUAAAAAAAUGAGAUUAUAUUUAACACUAUUAUUAAUUUUAUUUGUAAAUGGUGUUUUUUCAAAAGUACCAACUGUAGUUCAAGUAAAUAGACAACCAAUUUCACUUUUUGCACAUCCAGGAGAUGAAUUAGUAUUUAUUUCUGCUGAUAAUCAAAGACACGAAUUACUUUUUAAGAGUGGGGAUAACUCAUUUAGAGUUAUUGUUGAUAAAAAUAAAAAUGAAAAAGUAAAUCUCAGCCAAUUAGAAGAAUAUGAAAUCACUGAUCUCUCAUUCGAAAAUCAAGUCAAGGGUGCUCUCAAAGUAAGAGAUCAUGGUUCACGUAAAUCAGUUAAAUCUACUGAACAAUGGUAUUCAAAUGAUGCUAAAGCACAAAAGAGCAAAUUUGAAAAUCAAAACUUGGCUGAAGAAGCUGCUAAACCAAAAGAAGAUGUUAAAGAUGCCAAUGCCGCCAAACCAAAACAAGAUGUUAAAGAUGCCAACGCUGCCAAACCAAAACAAGAUGUUAAAGAUGCUAAUGCUGCUAAACCAAAACAAGAUGCUAAAGCUCCAAAACAAGAUGCCAAUGCUGCUAAACCAAAAGCUAAAGAAAUUGAUAACGAAGCUAAAGAGGAAACUAAAGCUGACACCAAAUCCAAUGCUGCCAAAGAAAAUAAUGAAGGUAACAGUGGUACAAUGUUAACAAUCAAUGCUUUAAUUGUAGUAGCUUCGCUUUGCUCUGCACUUUUAAUUUAAAAGAAAAAAAAAAGUAUAUGUGUUUUAAAUUAUUAUAAAGGAAAAAAAAAAAAAAAUAAAUAAAAUUAGAGUAACAUUACAAAAAAAAUAAAUAAUAAAUAAAA